AUGAAGAUUUUCUGUGUUUCUUUCUUUAUAUCUGCUGUUUUGAGCGAUCUUGUCUUUGGCGAAGCUCUUUCGACUUAUUCUGCGGCAGAGCUCAAAUGCUUGGAAAGAACUCUUGCUUGCGAGGCGAGAUCGAAAAUUCCCGCUUAUAAAAACGAAGAUAUGCGAGCUCAUGCGGCGAUCGAAUGCAUCGAUUUAGCGAUGGAUUGCUUGGCGCUAGAAUACAUUGGAAAACUGUAA